GACCCGUAUACCAAUAAAUCCGAAGGUGGGUUGGCUAUGAAAUUGUUAUUUUAGCUGACAGAAAAUGUAAUAUAGGCGAGUUGCUGGGGGACUUGCAUAGAGUCUCAGAAUUGGAGCGGACUUGUUUAAGAAUUGCUGGGUGGAUUGGGUGUUGAAUUAGAGGGAAGUAAACGAUGUCGAGUGUGGUGGUGCUGGACAACGGCGGGGGCCUUUGCAAGGCUGGCUUCGCCGGCGACAGAGAUCCCACCGCCGUGGUUCCUAACUGCUUGGGCCGCUCAGGUGCGUCGAAGAGGUGGCUGGUGGCCGACCAGCUCCUGGCCCCUGACUCCGAUGUCACCUCCGUAUCCAUUCGCCGUCCUUUAGACCGCGGUUACCUCGUCAACCCCGACCUCCAGCGCGAGGUCUGGGACCGCAUCCUCAGGUCUCUCCUGCGCGCCGACCCCGCUCACUCCUCGCUUCUGCUUGUGGAGCCCCUUUUCAACCCCCCCUCCGUCCAGCGAGCCACGGACGAGCUCAUCUUCGAGGACUUUGGUUUCCAAUCUCUGUGCGUGGCGGAUUCCCCCUCCCUGAUCCAUCUUUACGAAGCUAGCCGGCGGCCGUGCCUCUCGCAGUACUGCUGCAGCCUCGUCGUCGACUGCGGCUUUUCUUUUAUCCAUGCCGCCCCCGUCCUCCACAACUUCACCCUCAACUAUGGCGUCCGCAGGCUUGAUCUCGGCGGCAAGGCCCUCACCAACUACCUCAAGGAGCUUGUCUCCUACCGCUCCGUCAAUGUCAUGGAUGAGACCCUCAUCAUAGACCAUGCCAAGGAGCAGCUCUGUUUCGUCUCCCUCGACGUGGCCCGAGAUCUCGAACUCGCCAGGAAAUCAGGGGAAGACAACCCAUUCAGGUGCACUUAUGUUUUGCCAGAUGGUGUUACACAUACAAAAGGUUAUGUGAAAGACAUGGAGGAGGCCCGGAGGUAUCUCUCUCUGCCAUCUCAGAGUACCAUCAAUCAGUCAGUGGCAAAUGAAGAGCUAGAUUGCCAAGAGAAUGCAAAAAGACCAGAGGCUAGGAGGCAGAUUGAUCUAACAAAAAAUGAGUUUUCUCUGACAAAUGAGCGCUUCCUUGUGCCUGAGAUGAUUUUUCAUCCUUCUGAUCUGGGUAUGAACCAAGCUGGAUUAGCUGAGUGCAUUGUACGAGCUGUUCAGUCAUGCCAUCCUCAACUUCAUCCUCAACUUUUUGAGAGCAUUAUUUUGACUGGUGGGAGCACAUUAUUUCCUCAAUUUAGGGAAAGACUAGAAAGAGAGCUUCGACCUCUUGUCCGGGAUGAUUACAAAGUGAAGAUAGCUACACAAGAAGAUCCCAUUUUAGGUGUAUGGAGAGGCGGAUCAUUACUAGCAUCAAGCCCUGAUUUUGAAUCGAUGUGCAUUACAAAACUGGAGUACGAGGAAAUUGGAUCUGCCCGUUCACGGCGUCGUUUCUUCCACUAAGCAGAAGAAAAGGUCUUCAUCAUGGUUGAGGUAUGCAGAUAAUCAAGGUACCAAUCUUACGGUCUGGUUGGGGGGUUUAGGAAGUGACUAACAUUCGGCAUACCCUGAAUGCCACAUCUCCUGGAAAAGUUGUCAACUACAACUGAUGGAUUGAUCAUUUCUUGUAAAGGAUUAGUUCCAUCUGAAGCUGAAGUCAUGCCCCAUUACUUCAUUCAUGAUUCAUGAGCUAUGAGAAUAGAUGUAUCACUUCCUGAAAUGAUGUCAAAUUGACGUCAUUUGACCAUUUUUCUUGUAACCAGUGUUUCAGAUGUUCUGUUGCAUUUUUCUGGUUGCUGGUCAUCAGUUAUUUUCUUGUUUGCAUUACUUAGUUGCUACAUCUUGAACAAUCGUUAUUAAGAUGUAAUACUUCCCUACCUGACCGGUUAAUUUGUGGUUUUUGGAUGGGGCAUGGAGCAAACACUCUGAAUUCAGAUACUUGACAUCA